AACUCCGCUCACUUCUCUUGCCAAAUUCAUCCCAAUCUAUUUUCUGGGCUGUGAGAGGGUUCAACUUAGAGAGCAAGAGCCUGUUGUUGUUUUUGUGAGUUCUAAAAAGAGAGAAUGGGCUCCAUGGCGUUCCUUGAAAAUCCCCAUGCAGUAUGCAUUCCCUAUCCAGCUCAAGGUCACAUCAACCCCAUGUUAAAACUAGCCAAACUCCUCCAUCACAAAGGCUUCCAUAUCACUUUUGUCAACACAGAGUACAACCACAAACGUAUCCUAAGAUCUCGAGGCCUCAACUCUCUUGAUGGCCUCCCAUCAUUUCAAUUCAAAGCUAUCCCCGAUGGACUCCCUCCAACAAGUAACGAUGUCACACAAGACAUACCAUCACUAUGUGAAUCCACCAGCAAAACAUGCAUGGUUCCUUUCAAAGACCUCAUUACCAAUCUUAACGACACGUCUUCAUCCAAUGUUCCUCCUGUAACUUGCAUUGUUUCUGAUGGAGUCAUGAGCUUCACGCUUGAGGCAGCACAAGAGUUGGGUAUACCUGAAGUUCUGUUUUGGACAACAAGUGCAUGCGGAUUUCUGGCUUAUGCUCACUGUCGCCAGCUAAUCGAGAAGGGUCUUACACCACUCAAAGAUGAAAGUUACUUAUCUAACGGUUACCUGGAUUCCGUGAUAGACUGGAUACCAGGCAUGAAAGGCAUCCGUCUGAGGGAUAUCCCAAGUUUCGUUAGAACCACCGAUCCUGAAGAUUUCAUGCUGAAAUUUAUAAAGGCGGAGAGUGAAAGAGCUAAAAAGGCCUCUGCUAUUGUUUUGAAUACGUAUGAUGCCUUGGAGCAUGAAGGCUUGGUUUCUCUUGCUUCAAUGUUACCUCCUGUAUACUCCAUUGGUCCCCUUCACCUGCUCCUGAAUCAGGUCACAGAUAGUGAUUUAAAGCUGAUCGGAUCAAACCUAUGGAUAGAAGAAUCCGGGUGUCUUGAGUGGCUUGACUCAAAAGAACCCAAUUCAGUUGUUUACGUAAAUUUUGGAAGCAUAACUGUCAUGACAAGUGACCAAUUAACAGAGUUUGCUUGGGGACUUGCAAAUAGUGACCAGACAUUUUUGUGGGUCAUUAGGCCUGACCUUGUUGCGGGUGACUCCGCGAUGUUACCACCAGAGUUUGUUUCGGCCACUAAAGAGAGAGGUCUUUUCGCAAGUUGGUGCUCCCAGGAACAAGUACUAAGCCACCCAUCCAUUGGAGGUUUCUUAACACAUAACGGAUGGAACUCCACAAUUGAAAGUAUUUGUGGAGGAGUGCCUAUGAUUUGUUGGCCUUUCUUUGCUGAACAGCAAACCAAUUGUCGGUAUUGUUGCACCGAAUGGGGCAUAGGCAUGGAAAUAAACAGUGAUGUUAAGAGAGGUGAAGUUGAGAGCCUUGUUAGAGAGUUAAUGGGAGGAGAAAAGGGCAGUGAAAUGAAAAAGAAAACCAGGGAGUGGAAGAAGAUGGCAGAAGAGGCAAUUACUUCCACCGGUUCAUCUUGCAUGAAUUUGGACGACAUGAUUAACAAGGUGCUACUGUCUCCAAGAGAUUAGUUAAUUGAUUAAGGUUUUAAUUGGAGCAGAAAUUUUUUUAUCUAUUUAGAAUAAAUUCUUCCCUUUGAAAUAGAAAAUUUCUUUCAAAGUCUCCUUAUAAUUAUUGUAAUACCUUUACGCAACUCAAGUGAACGUUUGUUUUCUUUA